AUGGUAAAAGCACUCCGAUUCAAAGGCGACAAGAAAGUCAAGAAGAGGAAGAGGACAGAAGUCGAUAAUGGCAACACUGAAGAAAGUUCUUCGUCAAAAGUUGCCAAACAACAGGAGAGCGAGGAGCCAGAGGGAUGGGUUGAUUCCGAGAGCUUAGAGGAUAUUAACGGACCGAUAAUUCUUACCUUUUCCGCAGCAAGACCGAUAUGUAUCGCCUGCGACGCCGUAGGGAAAGUCUUUGCAUCCCCGAUUGAUUCAACCGAAGGUGAAGAUCUAUCUACGGCGGAGCCCACAGAUGUUAAGCAAGUCUGGGUUGCAACCAAGAUACACGGUACCGAGAAAUACUCUUUCAAAUCUCAUCACGGAAGGUAUCUUUCGUGUGACAAAUUUGGGGGCCUAAGCGCUACACGGGAAGCCAUCUCGCCGGAGGAAGAAUUCUUGCCUGUUCUAAAUGAAUUGGGAAGUGGAAGGUGGGCGCUGCAGACCGUCAGGGAUAAAUUUCUCAGUGUAGAUGAGGUGGGCGCUGGUGGGGCUACGGAAAUUCGUGGUGAUGCGGAAGCCGUCGGGUUUAAGGAGACGUUUGUUGUUCGGUUACAGGCGAGAAAUAAGAAGAGGAAGAAGUCGGGGACAGAAGGGAAGGGCAAGGAUAAGAUUACACGGAAGGAGCUGGAAGAACAGGCCGGUGUGAAGCUUGACGAUGAGCAAGUAAAGGCGCUGAAACGUGCCAGGCGAGAGGGACGAUUUCACGAGGCAUUGCUCGACAUUAGAGUUAAAUUUGGGAAGCACGAUAAGUUUGCGUACUAAGGGUACGGGGCGGCAACUGGGUUUCCGAGUUGGUAUUCUGUAUCAUAGUUUCUGGCUAUUCGGUGUUGUCGUUUUUCCAAUCUUAUCCUGCUGAGUAUGACAAUAUUGCGACAAUUCAAAUAGACACUAUCAUACUU